CGUCGCUGUUGUUCAUCCCGUCCAAUCACCCUCUUCCGCCACGGCGCUACUACUGUGAUCAGUCAGUGUCGGACUGUCGGGCCACCGGGGUCACCGUGCCCCCAACAUGGCGUGGAGGAGCUACGUUGGCUUGUUCUGCCGGAGCAGCGAAUACACUCUACGGAGUGUGAGGGGAGGCAGCAGGUGGCCUCACAACUUCCAGCAGCAUUGCAGCUUCAGGAAAGUCGCCAAGAAACCAGAAACCAAAAACGUUGGCGAGGAGGUACUACCCGGCCACUUUGAAUCCACUAAAGCGGCGUUGCACCGGCAACCCCCUUCCAGAUCGCCGCGCUCCUUCAGCCGUCUUCUCCGCCCUCUGGUCUUCACCGUGGGGUUUACAGGCUGCUCCUUCGGCUCGGCGGCCAUCUGGCAGUACGAAUCGCUCAAGUCUCGCGUGCAGAGCUACUUCGACGGGCUGCGAGCCGAUUGGUUGGACAAAGUGCGGCUGCCGAAGCGAGGAGAAGGCCACAAGGAACUCAUUCAAUUCUGGAACAGUUUGAGUGAAGGUCAGCGGACAGUCACAGGGAUCAUUGCAGCCAACGUCCUCGUGUUCUGCUGUUGGCGCCUGCCGGCACUGCAGCGCUCCAUGAUAAAGUACUUCACCGCUGACCCCGCCUCCAAGACGCUGUGCUCGCCCAUGCUGCUGUCCACCUUCAGCCACUUUUCCUUCUUCCACAUGGCCGCCAACAUGUACGUCCUGUGGGGCUUCUCCAGCAGCGCCGUCUCCAUACUGGGCAGGGAGCAGUUCAUGGCCGUCUACCUUUCUGCGGGUGUCAUUUCCACCUUUGUCAGCUACGUGAGCAAGAUGGCCAGCGGGAGGUUGGGUCCUUCUCUCGGAGCGUCUGGCGCCAUCAUGACCGUCGUGGCUAUAGUUUGCACCAAAAUGCCAGAAGCCAAACUGGCCAUCAUUUUCCUCCCCAUGUUAACCUUCACUGCUGCUAACGCGCUAAAGGCCAUCAUCGCCAUAGAUACGGCCGGUUUGGUGUUGGGGUGGAAAAUUUUUGACCACGCUGCUCAUUUGGGUGGAGCCCUUUUUGGCAUCUGGUACGUCACAUUUGGACACGAGCUCAUUUGGAAGAACCGGGAGCCUUUUGUCAAGUUAUGGCACGAGCUGAGGACAGGCAGCGGCGGCAAAGGCGGCCAUUGAGGAGGCCCCGAGUAGGAUGCGGAAUGAACUGAGGGGAUCAAAGCGGUCCCAACAUGUAAACCGAUUAAAUAGUUGCUCAGACUAUUUGGUGACUUGAACACCACGGGGCAUCACCAUUCAUGAACACCAAAUAUCACAGAGGAUUUUGUUCAUUAUUUCCCCCUCUCUAAGCACUAACACAUGUGUAUCCAAAAUUUUUAUACUCAGGUCUGAAUACAGAAAAAAAUGUUUUGGGCCGUUGGGUCACUGAGAUGCAUUUUAUACAUUAAAGAUGCUAAAACCAAGCCAAUGUGCAUCAACGAUAUCUGCAGUAAACAAAAUAGGCACGAUUUAUCCCUGUGUAGCAGAGCAAAUUAGUGUAAUACAUUACAAUAUGUCAUGAAUAUUUUAUUUUCCAAAUAAAAAAGGAGUCACCCCGAGGCCACACGUUGGACACCCCUGCUCUGACGGCUUGAAAAAUGAUGUUUAAGGACGUUCUUCGAGAUAUUCAUUACUUUGUUGAUUUUCUGGCUUGAUGUUGGGUUUUAAUGUGAUAAUACUGAUAUUAAAACACUUUUUUCUGUCUUCA